AUGAAUAUUCUCAAAGUGAUGAUGUUUAUAUUUGUGAUGAGUGUGGUGUUGCAGGUUGCAUAUGGACAACACCAUAUCAGAUGCAUUCCGAAGGAGAGGGAUGCACUCCUUCAAUUCAAGGCUGCCAUUGUCGAUCGUUACGGCAUGCUUUCCUCUUGGACCACUCCUCACUGCUGUCAAUGGGAGGGGAUUCGCUGCAACAACCUCGACCUUCAUGGAGAAGUUCAUUAUGAAUCUCUUUCUCUUGGCUAUAAUUAUCAAAUAAGUUCUCUUUCUCAUUUGAAAUAUUUGAAUCUUGCUGAUAAUUAUUAUCUGGAUGGUUCAAUCCCUCGUGAACUUGGAAAUCUCUCUCGGUUGCAGUAUCUUGGUCUCAGUGGCAAUUCUUUUGAAGGAUACAUUCCUUCCCAACUAGGAAACCUUUCAAAUUUGCAUAAACUCUAUCUUGGAGGAUAUCAUAAUGCUCUCAAAAUUGUCACUAGUAAUCAAUGGUUAUCUAAUCUUAAUUCUUUAACCCAUCUUUCCUUCUAUUCCAUAUCUAAUUUUAACAGUUCUCCUAGCUGGCUUCGUACCAUUGCCAAGCUACCAAAACUAAAAGAAGUCAGUUUAAUUGAAUGUGGCCUUUCCGAUCAUUUCCUCCUUUCAUUCAACCCUUCCAACUUCAAUUUUUCUACUUCUCUUUAUGUCCUUAGACUUUCUGAUAACUCCUUCACGCAACCGAUGAUGUUCCAGUGGGUGUCAAACACCACUUCCAACCUUGUUGAGCUUGACCUUAGUUGGAACCUCUUGAAGGGUUUGACAUCAAAUCAUUUUGGCUUGGCCAUGAAUUCGCUUGAGCACCUUUACCUGUCUGGAAAUGUGUUCAAGGGUGAAGAUUUGAAAUCAUUCAUGAAUAUAUGCACCCUACGUUCAUUAUACAUGUUUGGAAACAAUAUGACUGAAGACCUUUCGUCAAUUCUUCAUAAUUUCUCCAGUGGUUGUGUUAGAUAUUCACUACAAGAGUUGAGUUUGACAUAUAAUCAAAUCACAGGUUCCAUACCUGACCUUUCAACAUUUUCAAAUUUAAACACGUUGGAUCUUUAUGGCAAUCAAUUGAGUGGAAAGAUACUUGAAGGCACUAGGUUGCCAUCUCAUUUGGAGCAGUUGUCAAUUGGGUCUAACUCUUUAAAAGGUGGUGUUCCAAAAUCAUUUGGAAGCACAUGUACUUUGGAAUUAUUGGAUUUUUCUUUCAAUAGUUUGAGUGAAGAUCUCGCAGUGAUAUUUAAUCAUUUGUCUGGAUGUUCUAGAUACUCAUUGCGAGAAUUAUAUCUCCAUCAAAAUAAAUUCAAUGGCACAUUACCUGAUUUUUCAAUAUUUUCAAAGUUGGAAACGUUGGAUCUAUCAGACAAUCGAUUAAAUGGAGUUCAAAAAUUACUUCGCAAUUAUACUGUUUUGCGUUCAUUGAACCUAUUUAAUAACAGUUUGAGUGAAAAUCUUCCAGCAAUAAUGCAUCACUUAUCCCCAUCGUUGCAAAGUUUAAAUCUAGGCAUGAAUCAAAUUAGUGGUACUUUGCCUAGCAACCUCGCUACAAUGUUCCCAUCAUUAAAAGAAUUGUACCUUGAUAGUAACAAGCUAAAUAGGACAAUUUCUGAAGAUCUUCGAUUUCCAACAGAGCUUGAGGAACAGAGAGAUAAAGAACAAGGACAUUGUGGUGUGGUAGGAAGAUCAGAAGUUAAUUUAUGGUACUUAAAUGAUGACAGGAAGAACAAAAGUUAA